GUCGCGCAGGCGCAGAAGCUCCUGUGUGUGGAAGCUGCGGCCCGGCGGGCGGGUGGAUAACAGAUGCGGGUAAAAGAUCCAUCAAAAGACUUACCUGAGAAAGGCAAAAGGAAUAAACGACCGUUGCUACCUCAUGACGAAGAUUCUUCAGAUGACAUUGCUGAGGGGAAGGAGUCCAUCACGGGGAAGGAAGCAUUGACGCGACUGGCAAGAUCAGGAACCAGAGAUCACAUCUUCCACUGCAGACUCAAAGUAGAGAAUGAAACGGAAGUGGGGCCGUGCUGUGAGCUCUCAAAGCCUACCCCCGCUGACAGACGUCCUCCAGUGACUCUGCCUCACUUCCACAGUGCCAAUCACUGGGAACAAGUGUUCAAAUAUCUGAGCCUGUGUGGGCCGUUCCCCUUCAAACCACUGUGGUACAGAUAUCUACAUGAAAACGAGUUCAAUUCAAUAGCAGUAAAAUAUAAAACCAAAGAUACUGAGUUUGUGGUCUUGUCGUUCAGAACACUAAAUUCAAAGAUUCAGUCUUACUUGAUCUUAAAUGAUAUAUCUAAAUUAUUAAGUGACACAUUUAAUUUCAUAUCUCAAUGUAAGUUUUCUGUAACUUAUGUAUGUUUCACAGGUGCACUUUCUAGAAUCAUAAAACUCUGUGAAGAAAAACGUGAAGCAGGUGAAAUAAAGAAGGGAAGAAAAGGCAGCUGUGUGCCAUCUGUUAAAGGAAUUACAAAUCUAGGAAACACUUGCUUUUUUAAUGCAGUCAUUCAGAACUUGGCUCAGACUCACAUUCUCUUUGAACUGAUGAAUGAGAUAAAAGAGGACGGCACCAAACUCAAGAUCUCUCUUUCGUCAGCUCCACAGCUGGAUCCGUUAGUGGUGGAACUUUCAAGCCCUGGACCAUUGACUUCAGCCUUGUUCCUGUUUCUUCACAGCAUGAAGGAGGCGGAAAAAGGACCCCUUUCUCCUAAAGUUCUUUUCAAUCAACUUUGCCAGAAGUGA